UGGGAUUCUUUGGCUGUGACGUCACAGGCGUCAUGUCAGGGGGACAUCAUGGCGUAGCAAUGUGGACCCACGGCUGCACUGGUGGACACGGAGAAGUUCACAAACGAGACACGCUCGGCUUCGAGGACUCACUUAAACGCGUAGAGUAACGGAAACGCGGACGUGUUCUGUCGAGGGUUUUGUUUCAUCAGAGAUUGAAGAUGAUGGCGGAUGCCAGCGACAUGUUGGCAGCUGCUCUUGAGCAGAUGGAUGGCAUUAUAGCAGGCUCCAAGGCUAUGGACUACUCCAAUGGGUUGUUUGACUGUCAGUCACCCAGCUCUCCCUUUAUGGGCAACUUACGGGCUCUUCACCUUUUGGAAGACCUGAGAGGUAUCCUGGAGUUGCUGGACAAUGAAGGAAGAAACAGUCUUCGCUGUCAGAUCCCAGACUCCACUGCCGAAAGUAUGGUGGAGUGGCUACAGGGUCGCCUGUCCAAUGGUCACAUCAAUGUGGGUGGAGGUGACCACUACCAGGAGAGGCUUACUCGGCUAGAGGGUGAUAAAGAGUCCCUGGUGCUUCAGGUCAGUGUGCUGACAGACCAGGUGGAGGCUCAAGGAGAGAAGAUUCGGGACCUUGACGUGUGUUUGGAUGAGCACAGGGAAAAGCUAAAUGCCACUGAAGAGAUGCUGCAACAGGAGCUUCUGUGCCGGACAGCCCUCGAGACUCAGAAGCUCGAGCUCAUAUCAGAACUGUCCAACUUAAAGUUGAAGCAGAAUUCCUUGGAGAAAGAGCGAUUGGACUUUGAUGAAAGAUUUCGGGACAGUGAGGAUUUGAUUCUCGAAAUUAAUGAACUGCGGUACAGAUUGACCGAGCACGAGAGUGAAAAGCAACAAUAUGAAAAGAAACUUAAAACCGCAAAGUCUUUAAUGGCCAAGCUUUCUAGCCAGAAAAUCAAACUGGGCCAGAUGCAGUAUGAGAAACAGAGGAAGGAGCACAAACUUCUGGCUCUGAAGGAGGAGAUUGGCAUGCUGAGGAGACAACUGGAGGGCAAAGACGGAGAGAUGGACAGACCUCAAGAGGAAACGGGCUUCAAAACCAUAGCCUUAAGCAGUGCAGAUCCUUCAGAGAGAGAUGAAACCCUUAAAAAGAGGCUGAAAGAAAAACAUGUGGAAGUGCAGAGAAUGAAGAAGGCGGUUGAGUCGUUAAUGGCAUCGAAUGAAGAGAAGGACCUUAAGAUUGAGGAACUGAAGCAAUCUUUGUUGAGGUACAAGAAAGUUCAGGACAUGGUCAUGUCAGUGCAAGGAAAAAAAGAGAAAUCCAAAGAUAAUGAGCAUGUGGAGAGUCAUGGCGAUGGUUCCUCUUCAUGCUUACCUGCCGACCAUGUGUUUGUUGACCAAGACGAGCUUAAAGAUGCUGCAUUGCAAAGGAGGAACCGGGAUGAGCUGGAGCUCAUAAAUAGGCUGAAUGAUGAUGGUACACCCUCGCCCAGCCCUGCUGAUACAGAGCAAGUCGCAGAGUCUGCAGAAGCACAUGUGGAAAGCAGCCUAGAUGCAGCCAUGACUGUCUCCCACAACCUUGUAGAAAGGAGCAAGAAUGACAAGAACACAAGUGAGGAGAUCAUUCAAAUGGCUGAGAAGCCACCAGUGAAUCCCCCCGCCACCUCGAUCGCCACCGCAGGGGAUGACAGCUUUGGCUCCAAAAAGGCACGAUCAUCUUUUGGAAAGGGAUUCUUCAAGCUCCGCGGGGUAAAGAAGACUGGAAACUCACAGAAUCUUGACCGCAGCCGGAGUGCGAGCGCACCUAUGCUAGCUGAAACUGAGCAUCAAGGUACCGACCAUCUGGACCUGGCUGGGCUGCCUCAGAGGUCGGCAAACAGCGACAGCACAAACACUCUCUCCACCACCCCAGAGGGAAAGAAAAAGUCCAAAGGAAUUAAGAAACUAUUUGGCAAGCUUAAAAGAAGCCAGUCUACUACAUUUGACCUAGACACCAACCUGCCACCUGGAGAUUUUAAGAGGGGUGGUGUACGAGCCACAGCUGGACCCAGACUGGGCUGGUCUCGUGAUUUCCAGCAAGUCAACAAUGACGUGGACGCUCCUUUCGCACGCUGGUCAAAGGAUCAAGUGUGCGACUGGUUGCAGGAUCAAGGUCUUGGUCUUUAUGUGAACAUGGCACGCGUGUGGAUUUCCUCCGGACAGACACUGCUUCAGGCUUCCCAACAGGACCUGGAAAGGGAGCUGGGCAUCAAACACCCGCUGCAUCGAAAGAAGCUGCAGCUGGCGCUGCAGGCUCUCGGCUCAGAAGAAGAGGACAGCAAGGGAAAGCUGGACUACAACUGGGUGACGAGGUGGCUGGAUGACAUCGGCCUGCCACAGUAUAAGACUCAGUUUGAUGAGGGACGGGUGGAUGGUCGCAUGUUGCACUACAUGACUGUGGAUGACUUGCUCUCCUUGAAAGUGGGCAGCGUCCUACACCACCUCAGUAUCAAGAGAGCCAUCCAAGUGCUUCGACUCAACAACUACCAGCCAAACUGCUUACGCCGCAGACCAUCUGAUGAGAACAAUAUUUCCCCUGCAGAGAUUUCCCAGUGGACCAACCACAGGGUCAUGGAGUGGCUGCGCUCGGCGGAUCUGGCAGAAUACGCUCCCAACCUGAGAGGCAGCGGCGUGCAUGGAGGCCUGAUGGUGCUGGAGCCCCGCUUUAAUGUAGAGACUAUGGCGCUGCUGUUGAACAUCCCCCCCAACAAGACUCUUCUGCGUCGCCACCUCGCCACACAUUUCAACCUGCUUGUUGGUUCAGAAGCCCAGCAGCUCAAACAGGAGUGUCUGGAAAACCCUGACUAUAUGCUGCUUACUGCUACCAUCAAGGUUAAGCCCAAGAAACUUUCGUUUGGUAACUUUGGGAGUCUACGCAAGAAAAGGCAGGAGGAUAGCGAGGAGUACGUGUGUCCUAUGGACGUGGAGAUGCCCAAAGGAAGAAGUUUUCAAAAAGGCUUUGAGCUCCAAAUCUACGAGGACGACCUGGAUCGGCUAGAUCAGAUGGACGACUCUGAGGGAACCGUCAGACAGAUCGGCGCCUUUUCUGAGGGAAUCCAGAACUUGACGAGUAUGUUGAAAGAAGAUGAAUUUUUCAAGGAGAUGUCCCACUCCCCGAACCCGAGUGUAACAGACGAUGACUCCACCGCAUGAGACUGACGGCUCCGUGUGACCUGGUCCUGCUGUGAAAACCCUAAAUUAAAACUUCUCCACUUGCUCAACAUGCUCCCUUCAAAAGAUGAGCCAUAGCUAUUCACAUCCCCUUUCGCCGUUUAUCGCUUAUUUUUGUCUCCAUUGCCACCGAAACGUCAAAGGGAACAUUUGUAGGACGAUGCCACUGCCUGCCAGCUGGUUUCUGGAAAUAUUUUGUACUAAGUUAUGUGCUGGCAUUGCUUUGUUUAUUGUCAAACUAAUGCCAAUAUAGAUUUAAUAUACCUUUCCCUUUGCCUCGUCAUUGGAAAUACUUCAUUGGAUAUUAUUUUUCAACGACAGCUGCUAUAUUUUCUACAGAAAAAUAACCUUUCAAAUUCAGAGUAAGUUGUCUUAUAUUUUCUAUUACACAAUAAUAUUCUGCAUGCAUUUGCACCAAUACCUAUACAGUACACACCUAAUGCAUACCAAACUGACACGAUGCCAUGUUUUUGUCUUUUGUGGUUUUGUUCACAAUGGAUUUUGAAAUAUAAUUCCUAUUAGCAUUUCCACUGAUUACAGAGCUCUUAUGUUUAGUGGUAAUCAUACCAUGCAGAAAUGGAUUUUGUUGUAUUGCAAAUAUGUCAAAUCCUAAGAGCAAUAAAGUAAUUUAAACUAG